AUGGCUGACAUGGCUCUCCCGGAUGGGUUGGUCGCCUUCGGGCCCAACGCAAAUUGCACACUAAACCAAAGCCCAUUGGAAUGGAGUCUCCUCCGAUACAAACCUUCGAUUCCUGCGAAUGUCUUCUUUCUGGCAGCGUUCGGCCUCUGCUUGGCCAUUCAUAUUGUCCAAGGCUUUUGGCUAAAGACAUGGGGAUUCCUAAUCAGCAUGGCAUGUGGGUGUAUCAUGGAAAUCGUCGGCUACAUUGGACGAAUUCUCCUGUACGACAACCCAUUUGGAUUCCCAGGUUUCCUCAUGCAAAUCAUUUGCAUCACUAUUGCGCCUGUGUUUUACUGUGCUGCAAUCUACGUUGUCAUCGCACAGACCAUUGUAUACCUCGAUGCGUCCAUCUCUAGGUUUCAACCUCGCCUACUGUAUCAGGUUUUCAUUCCUUGCGAUAUCAUCUCCCUCAUACUUCAAGCCAUCGGCGGAGCCCUAUCAGUCGUUGCUGAUUCGAAAAAUGAUAUACAUCGAGGAGAACAAAUUUCGCUGGCUGGUCUCAUAUUCCAAGUUGUCGCCCUGGGCUGUUUCACCAUCAUUUUUGUUGAGUAUCUCUACUGUUUCUACCGAAGCACAAGCAACAGUAUAUUGCUAGCGAAGAGCAGGCUAUUUCUCGGCUUCUUGCUGCUUGCUGUCCUGUUUAUUUUGAUACGCUGCGUCUAUCGCAUCAUUGAGCUGAAAGAAGGAUACUUCAGCGAGAUAUUUCGUGAUGAGCCUUUAUUCAUUGCCCUUGAAUCAUGCCUUAUGCUCGCCUCGGCUUUCUGUCUCAAUAUCGGGCACCCUGGGCUUUUCUUCCCGCAAUACAGGGAGAUAAAAGGAGAAUCAACUCAAUAUCCGCUUGUUCCAGUCAAGAUCAAGACACACACUGGAAAAUAG